AUCUCUACCUUCGCUGGCCUUCUUCUUUGCAACAGUUCAUCUUCAAUCCUGCUUAAGAAAUGGCGGUACGUCUCAGUCUCACUCCACGCUACCCACUUCUCCCCACUACUUAUCCAAUUCCACCCAGAGCUACUCAAUUCCGCAGAUUUGCAGUUCAGAAUUCCGUCUCCGGCUCCGAUGAAUCGCGCAAGGUACCAUGCUUCCACUCAUUAUCUACCAUUUCUAGUUCGCGUCUGCCUCACAUUGCCUGUCGAGAGAGACCUAUUUUCCCUGAGAAUGCGAUGCUCGUGUUGGAAGUGAAGGAGAAACUCGAAAGAGAACAUUCUAGUCUUCCUCUUGGUCGGAAUGGACGGGACGAUGAAGAGAUGAUCCUCUGGUUUCUGAAGGAUCGAAAGUAUUCUGUUGAAGAUGCGGUUGCAAAAUUAACGAAAGCAAUUAACUGGCGUCAGGAAUUUGGAGUAGAUGAACUGACUGAAAAUUCAGUAAAGGGAAUGGCUGAAACUGGGAAGGCAUUCAUCCAUGAGUUUCUUGAUGUCAAUCUCCGGCCGGUACUCAUAGUUGUGGCUUCCAAGCAUUUACCUGCGGUCCAUGAUCCUGUUGAGGACGAGAAACUGUGUGUGUUCUAUGUAGAGAAGGCACUGAGCAAGCUUCCACCUGGAAAAGAAGAAAUACUUGGAAUAAUUGAUCUGCGAGGAUUUAGUAUUGAGAAUGCAGAUCUGAAGUUCUUGACAUUUUUGUUUGAUGUGUUCUACUCCUACUAUCCGAAACGGCUAGGUCAAGUCCUCUUUGUGGAAGCUCCAUCUGUGUUCAGACCACUAUGGCAACUUACCAAGCCAUUAUUAAAAUCAUAUGCCUCUCUGGCGAGAUUUUGUUCCGUAGAUACAGUCAGAAAGGAAUACUUCACUGAAGCUACACUGCCUGCCAUCUUUAGAAACUGAGGAAUUUUGUCACUCUCGACAAACAGGUCCGAAUUAGGUCCUCUGCUUGCUGCUUCUGCAAUAUGGUGGGGACGGUCUGCUGAAGCAAAUAUUUCAUACGAAUGAAUUUCUCCCCCUCAAGUUCUAUGUUCUGAUUCGAUACAUGACGGGGAAUUCAGAGAUUUUCAAGUAUGGGUUCAAAACUGGAGUAUGGAGGUAAGCGAUCCCACCUAAAGGAAGUUCAAACACGUAAAUUUUUAUUCUUGUAUCAUGUUAAAUUGUCACCAAGUGUACUUGAUUUUUUUGAAAAUAAUCACAUUUGCGUGCUCCCUCUAAUUAUCUAGAUUUGU